UUUUCAUUAUUUGUGUGGUUCUUGUUUCUGUUGAGUCUGGAAAUUCCGCGGACAGCUUCCUGUUCGAGAACGCACGUGUGUGUGUUGUACUAGUCCUGCACAGACUGUGUCGUUUGCGUGCUGCUGGGCAUGUUUAGAGUUUGUUUUGUACAUUUUUAGUUAAUUUAAGAAAAUGUCGAAAAAGCGCAAAAACGAGGGCUUGGAGGAAUCCAACCCUGGUAAUGUUAAGAAGGCUAAAGUCAUGGAAGUUGAGUUCACUGGGACUCAGUUUAAAAGCAUGCUGAAAGAGCCUGCGAAAGCACUGAAAGGUUUGGACAUUUUUAUAUCCAUUUCUAAAACAUUACCUAGUUGUGAAUUAUAUGAUGUCGUAGAAGGCUAUAUUAAAAUUUCGAUGGAAUGUGCUGAAAUCUUUAAAUUGCUGGAGGGAGAAAAGCAUCAAGAAAGUGAGAUGGUGUUGAUCUUUCAAACCCUGGAAGCAAUCUUGCUGAGGACAGCCAGUGAUCUGUCCCAUUUUAGCAUGGUGGGCAUGGCCAUUGUGAAAAAAGUUUUAAGCAGCCACAUGAAAUUGAUCUAUGCUGCUUUGUAUUCAGACAGCCACAGGUAUGUUCGACUGUGUCUUAACCUGUUGUCUGCAAUGGUGUCACAAGGGCCAGAUUCUGCCAGGGAAGUCUUCAGCCACUUCGAUUUCAGCAAAAGUCUCUCUGGAUUGGCAAAGAAACGUGAUAGAAAGGGAAGGCCUGAUGUCCGCAUGGCUUACACCCAGUUUGCUCUUUCUUUUAUCAUUACUGGGGAUACUAACACAGUAGGAAAGGUGCUGGAGCUCAAAGAUUUCAUUCCGGACAUUUUAAGUACAGGAUUAAAGGAAGAUCGGAUUUCUACCGUCAACCUCCUUUUAUCCACGCUGCAAACGAAGGUGGUUCAAAAUAAAGCUAUUAAUAAAACUCAGAAGGUUCGUUUCUUCAACCCUGUUGUUUUAAGCCACAUUGCCUCGCUGUACAGGUGGAAUGGGAUUGUUGAUACCUGCUCAGAUGACACAAAGGAUAUUGAGCUCUCCAAAGAAGCAGGGAAGGUUCUAGUUGGCGAGUUGGCUCACAAUUUCCUACUGGAUCUCUGCUGUUCACUCAAAUACGGCAUUAAUUUUUACGACUCUAGCCUUGGUACAGCUAAAAGAGCUGGGAACAUUGUUCUAUUGAGGUUUAUUGUUGGUUUAAAGACGGCGACUGAGGAGGAGAUUGUGGGUGAUCUGGUAGUCAAUAUUCUGAAAGUGUGUCCAGAUUUGCUCCAGAGAUACUUCAAGGAAACGCAGUACUCCUUUGUACCACGUCAGAAGUCUGCUUGGCUUAACAAUAUCAAGCUCUUGAGGAAGAUUUAUGAAGCCCAGCCUGAAAUUUCCAAAGCCUUCAACACCAGAGAGUUUAUUCCUCUUCCUCGUCUGCUGUCUAUGGUGAUGGUAACGACCGUCCCUUCAGUUUGUAACAAGGCAACGUUCACCCAGGGACUCAAUCUGGAUAACAAAGUAGUGAAGCAUACAACACUAUCUCUGGUUGCAUUCAUACUGAAGAGAGUGCUGAAGAAUAUUGAAUACUGCCUAGAUAAGAAAGUGUGGCAGAGCUCGGAUAUCUACUCUGCCAGUGUGAUGGAGGAUUUUGCCCAGCAGUAUAGAGAAGCUGUUAGCAAGGUUUUGCCUGACUUGACCAACAUAGUGGCAACAUGGCAGUCCCUUAAUAAGAGAGAAAAAGUGGACGAUGGAGGAAAGGUGGAAGAAAAGGUUUCCAGUAAACAAGCAGCCGAGGAGCUUCAGGAGCAUGGUUUUGAUGAUCCAGAGAUCACUCUGUUGAAAGCUGUGCUACUUCAAGUUGUGUGUCUUUAUCAAAAGGUUGUUCCGCAUCUUGUGACUCAGAGUACCUUUGACUUCAGCAAACUCCUUAAAGGGAUUGUAACAGAAAAAGGCAUAGGAGAGGAAGUACCGCCAGUCCUACAGUACCAAAUACUGCAGCUUUCCCUGGAGCUGCCUGCCAGCAAAUUUUCUUGGUUCAGGUUCCAGGAUAUGUCAGAUACAAAAGAAACUAGUGGAGAAACGUCUGUAUUUUACUUGCUACUUAAAAUGUUUGUGACAAACAGGAACACACACUUAAAGACGUCAACAAGGUUGCUGAUUCUUAAGGUUUUGAGAGACAGUGGUGUAUUUGAAUACACGUGGAAAGAGCUGGAACUGUGGUUGAAACAUCUUGUGCUUCUGCCAGAACCUGAACAGGAGACAGUAAUCCUGUUUUUGGAAAGAGUUCUAAUAAGAGUAGUGUCAAACCCAUACCCGUAUACAGACAAAGCAGCAUCGCUUGUGCAAGAAGCAGCAAUGCUUCAGGUCAACUUAAGUGGACAGGAAGGUGAUGCUGUCAGUGUACCCAUCUCACACAUUGAUGAUGUUCUGGAUAUGGUAGACGUCAUUGUAGAGGGCAGUGAGGGUUUGGACGAGGAGAUUGGAUCUACUCUCAAUGAAGAUAUGAUCCUGCAGACCUUUCCGUUCAGUGCUGUAGUUCCAGCAGCUUUGGAAGCCAGAAAUAAAUUAGCAGUGAUUGCCAACGGUGAAAUAGAUGUUGUUCUUGAGUAUAUCAUCUCCGUCCUGACUGACAUCCUGCACACACAACAUGAUCCUCUCCCCCUGUGCUUGACCAUUCAGCUCUAUGACAAAGAAAUUGAUUCGUCAGAGUCCAAAGCUAAAACUGUGUCUGUUGUGAAGUUCUAUCACUAUUACAGCCACUGGAUACCUGCACAAGCAAAGGAAACACUGUUUAAGGAGUCUGGGGCAUCUGCUUCCAAUCUUCCUCCCCCCCAUGGCUCAUUUUCCUGCUUGUUGAAGAAUGCCCAUGGCAAAGAUGCUAACUGUUUGUUGCAAGACCAGUUUAAGGAUGUUUUAGGAGAAGCUGUUUCUACACUUAAACAUAAUGAUUUACCAGUGGCAAUCAAACAUAUUAUGCUCUACAUAAAAACAUGUGUAGACAACUUUAAAAAAUUCACAAAAAGCACUGGAGUUGCUUUGCUAGGCUUCUAUAUGAACCUGCUGAGAUCACUAAUACACAGACUUGAAUAUUCAGAGGAACCCCCUGAAUCUAGUACUGCAAGUGCCCAGGAGGAACUGGAUCUCUUCAUGGACUGUGAUUAUCUUACUGUGGGACAAUCUGACAAAGAAGAGGAGCUGGUAGAUAUGCUUGCAUCCAUUUUUAAGCACCCUACCCUGGACCAGUGGUUUAUGUCUAUGGAGCUGGAGACACCACCACCGCACAACCUGAACCCUGUCAGCAUCAGACUGCUUUCUUCACAGUUAAAUUCUGAAAUCCUAAGGCUACUGAAGUUAAGCGCCCCUGUACUGCAACGUCUAGGUCACCUUGAUUUAAUAUCAAAAUACAUGAGCGCUAUAGAAAAGAGUGUUUUGAAAGAAUUGGCAGCUGGAAAGUCUGGUGGUCGAAAUAAAAGGAUCCCUGGUAAGAAGUCUCAGCCAAUGGAAGGGCUUGAGGCACUUCACCCUUAUAUGGAGGCCAAUCAGCUAAAAGAAGUUGUGUCAUCCAUGCUGAUGUUACCAGAAGAUAAUUUGACUGUUGCAGACCAUGAAGACGAAACUGUGAAGAAGCUUAGCAUAUAUGGACUAACUUUGGUUCAGGUCUUAACUGAAAACUGUCAGCAGUCCAGUCGGAAUGAGAUCUUGUUUUUAUCAAGUGAACAGUUUAAAGUUGUCGGUAGCUUGCUGCAGUCCUGCACUAGUAAAGAGUUGGAUAAGGUUAUUCUUCAGGCUUUGCAGAGAGACCCUGUCUAUGCACAGCUCAUCCAAACAGACGUGCUUAUUUACUGCCUCAGUCACAUGACUGAAACCUGUCAGUCGAUUGCAGCCUUCCUGAUCCAGCACUGUAGAAUUCAUAUGUUACAGUUUGAGAUGUGGUGCUUGAAACCUGGAAGGAAGAAGCUUCUCAGUAACAAUUUGGAGGCCUUUCUUUCACUCGUCAAUGUGUAUCUGAAAUAUGGAAGCCAAGAAGACAUCACAAGGCCAAAAUAUGUGCGUACCCUGGUAAUAACUGUACUCAAAGAAGCCUUCUUGAAGAAACUAGUCAACAGUGUGCUGUCUGAUGCUGUUGCCAAUGGACUGCCACUGCAGCUGGAAGUUGUCUGCAGUCUGAUCCAGUUUUCAGUGUCCUUGCAAGAUUUAGCUGAUGUCAUCAGUCAACUACCCGCACUCUUAGAAAAAACAGAAAACUACGAAAGGUGGCAGUUGGUCGACUGUGUUUCCAAGAGACUUGACACCUAUCAGGAAGACCAGGCUAUCUGGAAGAAAUCCUUGCUGACUGCCUCUACCAAGUGGCUGAUUAAUUCUUACUCCAGCAGAAAAGAGCAAGAGGAAGAAAUGAAAGAGAAGGAGAAAGAUAUGCUGCUCAGGCUUCAGGAAUUAGUGCUUUCUUUUGGUAAAGUUACUGCAGGGGACUGGAAUAAUUUUGUGAAGUCAGGUCUUAAGUACCGCUACAGAGAUCCAGCUUUUCUGGAAGUGCUCAACAGUCUGUUGACCCUGCUGUAUAAAUCUGAUGACACUCCAAAAGAUUUAGUGCCCUUACCCAUGAUACAUAUGAUGAUAAUGAACCAUUCCUUGUUUCUGCCAACUAUGUUGAAGACUGUAGAAGAGCAGGAUGUGAAUCCUCAAUCAAAAGAUGCACUGGUGGAUGUAUUGCUUACACUGGUAAAGAACUGUGCUUCUGUUUGCGAAAGUAACCAUUUUGCUGUUCUUUUGGGGGCUUAUGGAGCAACUUUAAAUACCACAGACCAGAAAUUGUUACUGCUUCUUCAGGAGUAUGAAAGAAACAAUGUCAGCCUGGCUGAAUUUAGACUGCUAUUGUGGGGGCCAGCGGCAGUGGAACAUCACAAGGCCAGGAAGAGCUUGGGGAAGUCCCUCUGGCAGCAGCCCAGUACAGAGGAGAUCUUGGCCUUGCUCAACAGGGAAAAAAUGCUUCACACUAUACUGCAUUUUCCUCAGCACCGACGCAUCAUUCCUGAGGAAGGGAAAGACAUGCUCUUUAAGGAUGACCGUAUAAAGGACCUGGACGCUCUCUAUGACCCCUGUUUUUUGUUGACACUCUUUAGUGCACUGGUCAAACCAGAGUCAGUGGUAGACUGUUACAAGUUUGUGGACAUGAAUGCUUUGGGAGUGACUGUAGCAGCUCUUAGCAGUUAUGAUCCUAAAGUAAGAGCAGCAGCAUAUCAAGUCCUGGGAUCUUUCUACCUUCACCUAGAGGGUGCCCGCUUCAGAGAGAAAAGACAGUUGCUCUGUCUGAUGGACGCAGUGAAGAAUGGUAUUAAGCAACAAAAUCUCAGGUUAACGUUCUCAAUGGCAAUGUACAUUACCAAAGUUGCCCAACAAAUGCUGAAACCAGAGGAACACAUGUAUCAGAUAGUCAACAAGUUUCUUCUCUCCCAUCAAUAUUUGGAUCUGAAAAAAGUCCCUGGAUUCUUUAAGCUCUUUUACAGUUUUGAUUUGGAGCACAAAAUGGAGCGUAACUGGGUUCUUGCUCUGCUGACAGAAGGAUUAAAAGACAAGGAUUGCUACAAGCUGUAUAAUCAUCAGGGAAUUUUCCACGUCCUCUUAGCAUUCUUCAGUAGCCCUCUUUGUGAAGAGUCUGCUCAGAAUCAAAUAUUGAACAUCUUGCAGCAAGCUUCCCAUGUGACCAAGGCUGCAUAUGAGCUUAUUCGAGAUCACAGCCUGUUAACCUGGAUGUUGCAAAUCCUGGAGAAGAGGUUUAUAGAAAGCAAGUUACUUUCAAGCAUUAUUUCUCUGGUGCACAACCUCUGGAAUACAAACUUAGGAGAUAAAGAGAGUGAUGAUGUUGAUGAAUCUUUACUUGGGAAGAAAACCCACAGGACAGCUAAGUGCCUUCCUCUGCCAUUGAUAAAUGAAUUUGUGGGUGUGCUCACUGUUCUUAUCAGACAUAUUUGGACAAACGUUGAAUUUCAGACAUUGGCUCAGCUUUUGAAAACAUUAAGUUCAGUGCUGAAACAUCGCACAACUGCUCUUGAUGCCUACAAAGAAACUGGAAGAAUUGUCCUUAAGGAGAGGACUCUGUCAGGCACAGAUGUGCUCAUGCUUUUACAUAAAUGGAGUUUAGUGUCAAAUGAUGUUCAUCUACUGCAACCCUUGCUAAUUGUGGCCAAAAAAUACAAAGUGAAGGACUUGCUGAAAACCGUAAAGGAAAGAAGUCGAAGCAGAGGCUCCUUUUUACACAGUCGCAGGAAGGUUGAAGACCCAGCUGAAGAGGAGACAACAGGAGAGCUGCAGAAGUCCUCCUUGGAGAUGUGUGAACAAUUCCUGAGAACUGCUUUCAUUCAUUGGGAACCAGUCAUCCAUUCUGUUCACCUUUCAAGUGAUGGUUCAGGGCAAAUGUCUGACCUGCCUGUGAAGGAAAACAAUACCAGCAACCUAGCCUGUGCUACUGCUUACCUAGUAGUUAAAUGGGAGCUGAAUUCCAUUGUUGGCUGCCAGCUGAAUUCAAACCAUUUAUUGUUGUUUCUGAAGUGGUUUCAAAAAAACAUUUUGCCACACAGUUCAGUUGUUGAAGAACUUCAUAGAGACAGUUCUGUGAGGCUUAACUUCCUGCAACUUUACCACAGAGCUGCAGAACUUGCUGAGACGUACAACAUGGACUUGGACAUCUUCCAUGCGUUUAGCUGUGUAAUGAUUCAGCUGCUGGAAGCCCAGAGUUCAGCUAAAACAAGACUCCAUGAAACUAUCAAGAUGGUAUGCUUACCCAGUGUUAAUGAGGAAGAUAACACAAGGAGAGCUGCAGGUUUAUUCUUGCUUUCGGUCUACAUCCAUGAUGCGUGGUCUGGGGCAGUGGAACAUGAAAUGUUCCUGACUCAUAUCAAACUGGUAACUGAGGCAUCUGAAGAACUAGGGAAGGCAGCAAAGACUCCCAAAGGAAAGAAAUCCAAGAAGGGAGGCGCAGCAGUUGUGUCUGUCUGUAAAGAGAUUUCUUCAUUUCUUAAGGCACUCUAAACCCCAUUAUGUUGUUGUGAAGCCUGCAUACUUUACUUUUUUAUUCAUCCUGGGUAGAAUUAAACAUCCAUUUUUUUUAUUAUUAUUAUUAUUACAAAAGUCAUAGAUGAUGUUUACAUAGACUAUGAACACCAACAUUUUAUAGUUUAUACUAAAAGUACUAUACAGUUCCUACUAGUGUUUCACAUUACUGUAAUCCAUUAAACCAUAUUGUCAUAAACUAGGUUAAUUGCUUACAUUUAAAAUGAAUGAAUAAGCAUACUUCAUUAAAUGGCAAAAUCUAGACUUGAAUCAUACUAUAGUUUGUAGCCUGGGCUGCUGUUAGAUGUAUAGUAAUUACCUCUGAUACCUUUAUUUGUCUUAAGAGCUUUACAUUUCAGUGCUAAU